UUCAGCAGCAUCGCUCCGACUGUCUGUGAGCAAGUUAUCAUGUAACAAAGGUAAUCUUUGCUUUAGGUUGGCUGGCUUGUUUUUGGAUUAUCUGAGAAACUAAAUGAAGAAUAAUUAUUAAUUUCAUGGUAAUUUUAUGCCAGUCUAAAGAAAACCUGUUUCUCAGUAGCUCUUUUUCAUCUAAUUUAUUCAUUUACGGCAUUUUUUUAGUUGCUUUUUUUACUCCAAAGAGAUGUGGACUUUCCUGGGAAUAGCCAGCUUCACAUACCUCUACAAAAAGUCCAACACAGUCUUUCAGAAUUUGGCUCACAAAGAGUUUGUGAUGGCCGCAGCCUUAUUUCUUACAGUCGGGCUGCUGCUAUCAUGUGUCAGGUAUUUUAAUUUCCAGAAGCUCAGAGUCUCUCGGGUGUUCCAUUUGCCUUUGAGCCUCUUGUCUUCUUUACCUGUUAUCAACAAUUUAAUCCCCCAAACGUCAGGACAGACGGGCGAGCAAGCAGAGAGCAGCUGUAAGAAGAGCCGGAGAACAAGGAAAAGAGCAGACAUGGCGUCCUCUGGCUCACAGAGCGCGUCAGCAAGUGGCCCCUCAGGGGCCCCCGAGCCAGAUGUGGUGAUAGUUGGCGCAGGGGUCCUGGGUUCGGCUAUGGCGGCCGUCCUAGCCCAGGACGGGAGGAGGGUGACGGUGGUGGAGAGGGACCUGAAGGAGCCGGACAGGAUAGUGGGCGAGCUGCUGCAGCCUGGGGGGUUCAGGGCCCUGAAGGAGCUGGGGCUGGAAGGUUCAGUGGAGGGUCUGGAUGCCCAUCUGGUCAACGGCUAUGUGAUCCACGACAUGGAGAGCAGCACCGAGGUGGAGAUCCCCUACCCUCAGGAGAAGGACAGCAUCCAUUGUGGCCGCGCUUUCCAUCACGGCCGAUUCAUCAUGGGCCUGAGGAGCAGCGCCCUGGCCCAGCCUAAUGUCACAUUCGUAGAAGGCAUCGUGACCCAUCUGCAGGAGGAGGACGGCUGUGUAACCGGAGUCCAGUACAAAGACAAAGAAACAGGAGACAUCAAGGAAAUCCACGCAGCGCUGACUGUUGUUGCCGAUGGCUGUUUCUCCAAAUUCAGAAAGAGUCUUGUCUCCGGGAAAGCUCAGAUCUCCUCUCACUUCGUUGGAUGCCUAAUGAAGGACUGUCCCCAGUUUAAAGCCAACCAUGCCGAGCUGGUGCUGGCCAACCCGAGCCCGGUGCUCAUCUACCAGAUCUCCUCCUCCCAAACCAGAGUGCUGGUGGACAUCAGGGGGGAGAUGCCUCGCAACCUCCCCGAGUACAUGGCUGAGAAGAUAUACCCUCAGCUGCCAGAGCACUUAAAGGAGCCUUUCAUGGAGGCGCUACAGAACGAUCGACUCCGGUCCAUGCCCGCCAGCUACCUCCCCCCCUCCCCUGUCAACAAGCCAGGCGUGCUGCUCCUGGGCGACGCGUACAACAUGAGGCAUCCUCUGACGGGGGGGGGGAUGAGCGUCGCGCUCAACGACGUCGGCAUCUGGAGGAGACUGCUUGAGAACAUCCCGGAUCUCUAUGACGACGGGGCUAUGCUGCAGGCAAAGAAGAAAUUCCACUGGGAACGCAAGUCAUCCCAUUCUUUCGUGGUGAAUGUGUUGGCCCAGGCCCUGUACGAGCUGUUUUCAGCCACAGACAGUUCUCUUCAUGAGCUGAGGAAAGCCUGCUUCCGCUACUUCAAGCUGGGCGGAGAGUGCAUCGCUGGGCCUAUUGGACUCCUCUCAGUGUUGACACCCAAACCCAUGACCCUUAUUGGACAUUUCUUCGCCGUGGCACUGUACGCAAUCUACUUCAACUUCAAGUCCGAGUCGUGGAGCACCAAACAUCGAGCUUUAUUUAAGAGUGGAGCCAUCCUGUACCGGGCCUGCACGGUCAUGUUUCCACUCAUCUACUCUGAACUCAAAUACCUGGUGUACUGAGGAGCUCUGCUGUGUCUUGGGACAGGAAAGACCAAACUCACCUGGUGAAAAGGACACUUUGCUGUAUUAAACCCUGAUUUUACUAUUUAGGAGUUUUUACAAUAAGCCCUUGCCUUUACUGUCUUAAUAUCCUCCUUAAUGUUUCAAUUUGGAUAUAAUUAUUCCACAAUGCCUUGGUGUAGCACUGUUUGUGCUCUCCCUGUAUGUUAAAGGGACACGUGUGUGUUAGCUCACACCCUGCAUUACACUCAAUGUUUAAUGUGUGGAUUUCUUCCGGCCCAACAGAACUGCUGUGUGGAACACGGCAUCUGCAUUUUAUAACGAUUUUGCAAUUAGAGCCACUUCUCUGCUGUAUAUUUUCAUGCUGAGCUGAUUUAAUAUGCUAAUCUUCAUGUAAUGAUGUUUAUUUAAAAAAAAAAAAGCAUCAUUUUGAAUCUGAAGCACUGA